AUGACAGAAUUUUCAUCUUUUGAGAAGCUGACGUUCCUCGAGGUGAAGACGCCGCAGGAGUUUCGUCAGAGCGAGGACGCUGAGGUCGUCUGUGAUGUCAUCAGUUCACCGGUGCCAGCCGUCUCAUGGUUCUACAAGAACCGAGAAAUCACGUCCGAACCCAACAGCAGACUUCAGGUGCUUCCCAGCAACAACCUGCAGAUCCUGCGAGUGAGUAAAGCUGACGAGGGAGUGUACCGCUGUGAGGCACGUGUGGAGGCCCGAGGAGAAAUCGACUUCAGGGACAUCGUGGUGCUGGUCAACGUUCCUCCGGUUCUGUCGGUGCCGCAGCAGUCCUUCAACGCCACCGCCGACUACCAGGAGUCAGUGACGUUCACCUGCAUCACGUCCGGCUCCCCCGACCCCCAGGUGACCUGGUACUGGAAGGGUCACGUGAUCGAGCGAUCGGAGCAGUACGUGCUUAACACACUGGACGGGGGUAAAAGCACGCUGACCAUCAAAAACAUCCGGCAGGGCGACGGCGGGUCGUACACAUGCCGCGCGAGCAACAAGGCCGGGAGCUCCGAGAACCAGCUCUUCCUCAAAGUGUUCGUCCAGCCGCACAUCACUCAGCUGAGGAACGUGACGGCUGUGGAGGGAAGCGCUGCUAUGAUCUCCUGCACAGCGGAGGGAGAACCGCUGCCUGAGAUCUCGUGGAGGAGAGCCAGUGACGGACAGACGUUCACAGAUGGAGAUAAGAGUCAGGACGGCCGCGUGGAAGUGCGCGGGCGCCACGGAAAAUCCAUGCUGACCAUCAGCGGCGUUCAACUCUCAGACUGGGGCCGAUUCGACUGUGAAGCUCUCAGCAGGAUCGGGGGCCAUCAGAAGAGCAUGUUCCUGGAUAUCGAGUAUGCGCCGAAGUUCCAGACCAAUCAAACCAUCUUCUACUCAUGGGAGGGAAACCCGGUGAACAUCAGCUGCGAUGUGAAGUCCAACCCUCCGGCGACCAUGCUGUGGAGACGAGACCGCUUCACCAUCUCCAGUCAAGGAACCAGCAACAUCCGCAUCCACGCCGCAGACGGCCGAUCGCUUCUCGAGGUCACUCCGGUGUCCGACCGGGAUUUUGGACGCUACAACUGCACAGCCAGAAACAACAUCGGCGCUCGAUACCAGGAGUUUAUAUUAGCACAGGCAGACGUCCCGUCGCACCCGUACUCCGUUCGGCUCUCCGCCGUCUCCCAGCGUCUCGCCACCGUCUCCUUCAUGAAGCCCGACUCUCACGGCGGCGUCCCCAUCAGCUACUACACCAUCAGCUACAGAGACACGAGCGCACAGGACUGGAGGACAGUCAGAUCACACGCAGUUCAGAUGGUUCUGGCUCACCUGGAGCCCAACACGACGUAUGAGCUGCGUGUGGCGGCGGUCAACGGAAAGGGUCAGGGGGAUUUCAGCCACACGGAAAUCUUCCAGACGUUACCCAUCCGCGAGCCGAGUCCUCCGACGGUUCACGGUCAGAGAGGUGUUGGGAAGGCCUACAGACUCGGACUGAUCAGACAAGACGACGGCGGGAUGCCCAUCGUGGAGUACAUCGUCAAGUAUAAAACGGAUAAAGAGGAGCAGUGGAUGACGAAGCUGGUUCCCGGCGUGAAUGAUUUUGCGCUGCUGCAGCCGCUGCAGUGGAACACGCGCUACAAUGUAGAGAUCACGGCGCGUAACGUCAAGGGCCUGUCGGAGCCCACCUUCUUCCAGUUCCUCAUGCCGCAGAAACCCGACAUCACAGCAGACUCCCUGUUCAGCGGCCUGGGCCUCGGCGCGGUGGUGGGGCUUGGCGUGGCGGCUCUUCUUCUGCUGCUGGUGCUGGUGGACAUCAGCUGCUUCUUCCUGCGUCAGUGUGGCCUGCUCAUGUGCAUCACCCGCAAGCUCUGCAGCAAGAAAACCUCCACCAGCGGCAAGAGCAAAGAGCUGGAGGAGGGCAAAGCUGCGUAUCUGUGAGUUCAUCGCUGAAGGAGGAGAACGGCAAGGAGGUGCUGAAGCCGGACUUGAUCGAGAUCAAGGUCCACACGGACAACAGCAUCCACACAAAACAGGACGACAGCAAAGCGUAAUGGAGCCCGGAGACGAUCCCAGCCCGAACAAACUCAGACCAAAUGCAGAAAGCAGAAAAUAUCAUAACAGAGAAACGAAAAGAUAAGAAAGAAGGGUGUGUAAAUAUGUUCAAAUGCAAACAGAGACUGCGUUUUUGUGAUAAAUCUACUGUCCUUUAUAUUCACGAUGACUCCAGCGCUACUUUUCGGUUGGCGUUUGCGUCUUGAUGUUUUUUUGGUUUGGCCGUGGAGGAUCUCAGAAAUAUGUUUCCAGACCUUUCUUCUACUUUCCAGGCAUGUCGAGUCAGAUUUUUUCUGCCCAGCGGGACGUUGUGUUGUGUCUAUAGUCUUGAUGAUUUCAGAUUCUGGGCUUCUCAUCUAAAUGUGUUAAGAGACUUCAUGGGUUUUUGGCUUUUUCGAUGUUUUGGUAGGACUUUUCCAUGGGGAAAAUCCAGAUGGAUUGGAUUUCUUCUAUUUUUCCAGGCGUGUCCGGCGAGAACUAGGUGGUGCGUCUUAUGUAUGUCGAAUUCUGAAGCUUGUUUUCCAUUUCGUCGUCAUGAGUUUUAAACGCAGGGGUCACUUCGCAAAAGAAACCUGGCAAAACUUUGUAGUAAAGUGACUUUGUAGUUUGGAUUUGCUCAACUGCCAUGAUGCCAGAUGAAAUGCUCUUAUUAAUUUAUGCUGAUUAAUGUGUGCAUGUGUGAGUGUAUGUGAGAAUGAGUACGCAAAUACACAAACAAAGAUGCGAAUGUUUGACAGACGCUUUGUGAGCGCAGUGUUGCUAGAGUUUGCUUUAAUUCGUUAUUCAGG